GUCCGGGCAGAGCGUGAGGGGAGCCGGCGCAGGCGGGCUUGCGUACGGCCCGGCGGGAGCUCCCAGUCGAGCAGCGCUAACUGGACUCUCUGAGAGGCCCCAGUUCCGAGGCUGCAGCAGCUUCGCUUCCGAGCCCAACUGGAGCGGAGCCCGAGUCCCCGUCCCUGAGGGGAUCGUUCUCUGCAGACCAGUGGGACCCCGAAACUUGAGCGCAAUACCCAUCUUCCUUUUUAUGCCUGCUUUUGUCACUUACCCACCUUUAUACCAACGCGUUCUUUUUUUUCCCCUCCCCUCUUCAUUCUCUCUCCCUCGAAGGACUUAAGUGGCUUCCGUGGAAAGAUUUGGAGGCGGUGGAAGCUUUUCUCUUUGGAGAGAGCUGUGUUGAAGGGAUUUUUGGGAAACUGCUUUUUAACACCUUUGCCCUCCGUCCCCCCAAGCCUUUCUGUAAUCCCUUGAGGAGAAAAGCCCGUAGAUGGAAAGUUCGGGGGCAUUUUCCUGAGGGUUGUAGGAGGAGAGAGGGGGAGGACCCCGUCCUCGUCCUGGUAGUUGGCUGGACUUGUACGGGCAAUUGGAAACCCGAAGUACAUUUCCGUGUGGGACUUUUACAGAUACAUAUUUUUAGAUUUUUAAGUAUCCGAUAAAAAAAUAUAUGCUUUCUAUAUAUUUUCUGACGACCUGCCCCUGACAGCGCGAUGUACAAUACCGUGUGGAGUAUGGACCGCGAUGACGCAGACUGGAGGGAGGUGAUGAUGCCCUAUUCGACAGAACUGAUAUUUUAUAUUGAAAUGGAUCCUCCAGCUCUUCCACCAAAGCCACCUAAGCCAAUGACUUCAGCCAUUAAAAAUGGAAUGAAGGACAGUUCUGCUUCUCUUCAGGAUGCAGAAUGGUACUGGGGGGAUAUUUCAAGGGAGGAGGUAAAUGACAAAUUACGGGACAUGCCAGAUGGUACCUUCUUGGUCAGAGAUGCCUCAACAAAAAUGCAGGGAGAUUACACUUUGACUUUACGGAAGGGAGGCAAUAAUAAAUUAAUAAAAAUCUAUCAUCGAGAUGGUAAAUAUGGCUUUUCUGAUCCUCUGACAUUUAAUUCUGUGGUGGAGCUCAUUAAUCACUAUCAUCAUGAAUCUCUUGCUCAGUACAAUCCAAAACUUGAUGUGAAGUUGAUGUACCCAGUGUCCAGAUACCAACAGGAUCAGUUGGUAAAAGAAGAUAACAUUGAUGCAGUAGGUAAAAAACUGCAAGAGUACCACUCUCAGUAUCAGGAAAAGAGUAAAGAGUAUGACAGGCUAUAUGAAGAAUAUACCAGAACAUCCCAGGAAAUACAGAUGAAGAGAACUGCAAUUGAAGCUUUUAAUGAAACAAUUAAAAUAUUUGAAGACCAGUGUCACACACAAGAACAGCAUAGCAAAGAAUAUAUUGAGCGAUUUCGCAGAGAGGGGAAUGAAAAGGAAAUUGAACGAAUUAUGAUGAAUUAUGACAAAUUGAAAUCUCGUCUGGGUGAGAUUCAUGAUAGCAAAAUGCGUCUGGAACAAGAUUUGAAGAAACAAGCUUUGGACAACAGGGAAAUAGAUAAAAAAAUGAACAGUAUCAAACCUGACCUGAUCCAGCUGCGCAAGAUCCGAGAUCAGCACCUUGUAUGGCUCAAUCACAAAGGGGUGAGACAGAGGCGCCUAAAUGCCUGGCUGGGAAUCAAGAAUGAGGAUGCUGAUGAGACCUAUUUUAUCAAUGAGGAAGAUGAAAACCUGCCCCAUUAUGAUGAGAAAACCUGGUUUGUUGAGGAUAUCAAUCGAGUACAAGCAGAGGACUUGCUUUAUGGGAAACCUGAUGGUGCAUUCUUAAUUCGUGAGAGUAGCAAGAAAGGAUGCUAUGCCUGCUCUGUGGUUGCCGAUGGGGAAGUGAAGCACUGUGUGAUCUACAGCACUGCUCGGGGCUACGGCUUUGCAGAGCCCUACAACCUGUACAGCUCAUUGAAGGAGCUGGUGCUCCACUACCAGCAGACAUCCCUUGUACAGCACAACGACUCCCUCAACGUCAGGCUUGCCUACCCUGUCCAUGCACAGAUGCCCUCGCUGUGCAGAUAAAGAGAGCAUGGGAAGAGAGGUGGCUCUCUAGCUAAUCUUUUUCUACAGUUUUUACUAGACUGAGGGCAUUCUUUCUACAUAGACUGCUUGUUUUGCACAAGAAGUGGUUCUGUGAAUGUCAAGUGGAAGGGCCGAGCAGCAGCCGGCCAGGAUGGGACGUAAGGGGCCUGAGGUUCUCUGGGACUCACUGCACCGCUGCGCUGACAAUAGGAAGCUGGAAGCAGAUGUGUUUUGGAAAGUCUGAUUCAUUGGGUUUUUGUUUUGUUUAUCCAGGCACCCUCAACAGAACACAUUUGGCCUGAUAGGUCUGGGGGUAGCAUCUGGAAGCCUCUGAAGAAUCCAUGUCCUCUUUUGGUCUUCAACUGAGAACUCAUCAGGGGCCAUGUCUCUGUGGGGAGUUCUGUUCUGACCUGGCAGUCUCUCUCUCUUAACUUCCUCCAAAAUGAAGGUUCUUUUGGUUCUGUGGUAGAAUAGCAUUUGGUGAAAAAAACAACCAAAGGAAAAUGGGGGGUGAGGGGUUUCAUUUAGAGAGUCUUAGUCAAGGGGGUAAAAAACCUUCAACUGGAGGUACUUUAUUCCUUAACUAACAGAAUUUAGGUGUCAGCAUCUCAGUAGCUAGCCCCUCCCUCUAAAGAAGAAUUAUGUUUAGAAACCAAAUUGAUCCCAGCCAAACAAUGUUUGUUGCCAGAGUAAGUUCUGAAGCUGGCAUCAGUAUCUGAAUUCACACUUCUGUACCAGAACUUGAAAAGGAAAGCUAGAAUUUGUAAGAUUUAGCAAACACUAAAAUUGGUCAGUGUAACUCCUUUGCCCUAAUUUUAGGCCAGAGAUGAGGAAUAGUGUUCUUUUGUGGGCAUGGUAAGCUUUGAAUCCUAAAAUGAAGUUGGCACUUGUGUGGUGUUUCCUUAGCCUAAAGAAUGAUCUGUUGUUUGAAUCCUUUGUAUCUUGUUUGUAUGAGUAAAGAUAAGGUGCAAUCCAGUGCUUUUAGAUGGCUUGAUAUACCAAAUGACAGAACAACAUUCUUCUUUGUGCUUCCCCCAAGCUUAAAGGCCCUGCAGAAACAGUAAAUGGUUUCAUCUCCCUUUGUCUCCCUGUUCUUUACUGGGUAGGGCUUAGGGGAGUCAUAGGUGGCAAAGGCUAUAGCAGGAAGUGAGCCAGACUGUGGUCAGGGACCUCAGUAAAUCAGACCCAGGGGUUCUGGUGUCCAGGGAGAGGACAUUAUCCAUGUGCUUCCAUAUAGUGGUUUCUGAAACUUUUGCAAGGAGAGGAAAGGAUAGCUUAGCGUUUAGACUGUUAGUGGAAGCCAUCUGUUAGCUUUUCUCUUUGCCUUUUUUGUGAUCCCACCAUUGAGAUGAUGUGCAGAGACUGUCCUCAUGCUCCAGUGGCCCUGAUGGUAGAUUCCAGUAGCCCUGGAAUCUUCUGCUCCAUGUGGUUUAAACCUUCCAGUUGAGUGAAACUGGGCAAAUGGACUUGGAGGCAGGCAUCUACUGCUACCUCCCUUAGGCCCCACGCCCACCAGUCAACACUCAUUUGAUAGAGAGUCUAGCUGCUUCUGAGCCAAUCCUGGAAACACAGAAGAUUGAGAGUGAUCAGCUGUUUGAGCCCAAAGCUGUGCAGGCAGGCCUCCUGGCUGAGCUGGAGAAGCCAAUACCUGAGUCUUGGUAUGUAAACCUUACAGCUAGGAAAGCUCUAAUUUAGGGCAUAAAAGAAACAAGUAUUGCUUUCCCUGAGCACUUACCUUGGUGACAGGGUCUACAAUGGACCGUGAUAUAGAAAUAGACAUAGAUUUAAAAUUUUGGAAAACCUAGAGUUCUUCAACAAUGAUGAUAGAAAGGAAAGGGCAUAUCUUUGGCUUUUUCUUGGUUACAUAGCAGUUUCAGGAUUGGGGGAGGCAGACAAAUGAACCCCCUUCAGUAUCACUGUUUGGACUUAAGCCCUUAACUGACCACCAGCUGCACAUCCCUCCCUAGACUGCCACACUGAAAUCUUGCUGGAAGUUUUACUGAGUAACCAAGCUAACUGCUGCUAGGCACACCUGGGUGGCCUUACACCUGCUGUGGAGCCUGCUUAAGCAGUUAGAUGCUCAAGAUUAGGUGCAAGGAAUCCCUUCUUUUUGGCACUAAAAUUUAGUGUGUUCUGAAUGUUUCCUUUUAAAAGCACGAGAAUUGGAAUAAGGAUACAUGCCAGUAAUGCUGAACCAUGUGCCCCCUUGUCAGGCAAACGUUAAGGGUGUGGUAUGCUUAGAGAGAGCUACCAUCUCCUGCCUGCACUUGGGCUGGCUUGUGGAGACUGGCUGCUCUUUUUUAGUUCUACAUUCCUUCACUUUUUCUUUCCUGUUUUUCAAUUCUUGAAUUUUUUGCUGUCUGGGAACUAAGACAUAGGGAUCAUUUGAGAAAUUGCAAAAGUAUCUUCUCUGGCCAAUUGCCACGUCAUUUGCUUGAUGCUGAGACAGUGGAAAUGGCAUAGGGACCAGCGUACAACCACUUGGAGGUGUAGUAUGCCAGCUCCUUCACUCCAUGGUCUUGGCAGCAGGUCUUGGCCUCCUUCAUCUGAGCCUCACUCUGUGUCCUGUCCCAUGAUCUGGGGCCCUAGGAUUCUCUCUUGACAUCUUAACUGCAGCCUCAGAGACAGAGGGUGAAGAGACAGAUCAAAGCUGGAGGGCUCAUUGUUCUGCUGGCCAGAGAAGCCAGCUGCCAACAUGGAAGCAGCUUGGGGCUGGCUGGACACAGGGCCUAGGCCCAGCAUCUCAAGGUGGAGCUCUCAUCACAGAACAAUGUUGUCUCCACCUGGUCACAGAUGCUAAACCUUGGCCAUGCCUAUAUAGGCUAGCUGUGUCCUUACCACUGAUUUGGCCAAGGUCAAGGACUUCCUAGUACCUUCUCUACCCCAUCUCCAAGCCUUGACGGGACUUCCCACUUACUUUGGCCCUCAUGUGCUCUGAAGCCGCUUUGAUAGCCAAUGUGGUAUCUUCCAUGGGGCUCUUUUUGCUGCAAAGAACCAGCCUCACAGGUGCUCUUGAGCCAAGAAUUGCAUCUGGGAAAUUCCUGUUUUCAAGGUGGUCUCUGUUGCCAGUUAUGACUCCAGAGUAGGCCUCUGUGAGGCUUCAGUGGCCUCAAAGCAGAAGGUCCAGAUGGGAGCCUGGCUGGGCUCUUUGCUGCCAACUGCUCAGCCUUGCUCUAGAUCCAGCCACUUGGGAUACACAACCUUGUUUCCUUACAAAUUCCAGCAUGUGACUUGGUACCCUGUUGUUAUUUGUAGAAAACCUAUUCUGCUGUCUUUGAUGUAGUCAAAAAAAAUUCAUGUAGUUUAUGUAAAAAUAUGAUUCACAAGGAAGCCAACUUUGUCUUGUGUUGGGACAGCCCUUAUGUAGUUCCUAGACCACUUCUGCAAACUGUUCUUGUCACCAGAUGUGUUCAGACAUUGCUGUGCAGCUGUCGAGGAGGGCGAGGGAAGAUACAUUUUGGUCUGUUUUUACCUUCCUCUGGGACAGUCUGGCCAACUUGCUCCAGUAAUGCAAUAAAGUCAUUGCAAUAAAGCA